UUCAUAUUGUCCAACCUGGCGUUCCGUAGUUAACCGGAAGAAAAGUAUGCUGUUAUUAUUUUUAUAACCUACAGUACCCACCGAAGUAAACGGAUACAGUGUUAUUAAUACCGUCAACUGAUAUUUAUUUUGUAACACUUCAAUGCAUCUCAGGGUUACUUCUGUUUUUUUGCAAGCUUGCUGGCUUUAGACUAGAUGAAUAGGCAGGCGGUGGCGAAUGCAACAUGGAGCUGGGCGGUACGGAGGGGACCCCGCGUGGACUGUUCACUUGCGAGCUCUGUGAAUUAACCACCCCUUUCACUUACUACGGACAAAAACCUCCAAAUACCAGGGCUAUUGUGCUUCUGGAGGAAUGUUACGUGAUGAGGGAUCCGUUCUGUCCGGAGAAGGAAAAGUUCUUGGUUCUCGGAUCAACUUGCAGUCUGUGUCGCAAGACCGUCUGCGACUGCAGUCUGUUCUACACUAAACGCUUCUGUCUGCGCUGCGUGAGGGAGCAUCUGGAUCAGUUUCCUCCUCAGAUACAGGCGGAGCUGAGGAAGAAGAAGCCGACAGAGAAGACGUCAGAUCUCGCGUCUAGCUGAGCUCCGAAACCGGCCCUGUCAGAGGGCAGCGGCGAAGACUACGGAGAGAUCUGUGGUCUUUUUCCUUCGAUCAAACUUUAUUGAUGUAAAUUCUUAUGAACACAAACGAUCCUGCAUCUAUUGGGAAUUAAUGGAUUUUGAAAAUGUCAGCUCUACAUCAUUUGCCUUUUUAUUUUAAUAAUAAAUUCUCCUUUUUAACAAAGGUCAGGUGGAAAAAUCUUGUAUAUGUUUCUGCGGAGCCUUAAAAAUUGAAGAUAGAGACCUGUGACGACUCGAUUAGAUUUUGGUUUCAGAUUUCCCCAGCACCUUCUUUUAGAAGAUGACUCCAUAGGGCAAUACUCCAUGUUUACCACAGUGCAAAGAGACACAUUUUCUCUCAAGAAUCCUAUGUGUAUCUUUAGGUUCCUGUUUUUGCUUGGUGUAGGUCUUUAUGCUACUGUUAUUGUACUGACCUAUUUUUAAGCAAGCUCUUAUGCAGAGAAAUGGCACGAACACAAUAGCCCAGCUGAGAUUCUGGUUGCAAUCACAAUUCCUGAACUGUUGCUACCCAAAUGAACACAUAUUUUAGGUUUAUAAACAUGUGCUUAUUUGCAUUUUUAUUUGUAUUUAGUGUAUUUACUGACUAAGGGUGAGGCCUGAAAUACAUUUAUGAAUUUGCAAUAAUGUAGGCCUACUGCCUUUUCAAAAACUGAAAUUAAUUACGGUUCUGGGACAGCAAACAAUAAAAACACUAGGCUACAGGUACAUGUAUGUCUGGGUGGAGUGUUCAAGUGACAAAGCACCUAGUCCUUUUUUCCCCAUGUACCCCUUUGAUCUGAUUUUUU